UGCAGUCUGGUAAUCCUUCCACUAUUUUGGCACCAAAUGAAAAAAUAAUUGCAAUUUAAAUAUUGCAAAAAGCUUCAAUUGUUUUCAAUUUAAAAUGAAUUGUACUGUAAAAGAAAUAAGUGGAGAUUUAUUCACCGCAGAUGAAAGUUUUUCUAUGGCGCACUGUGUGGCCGCAGAUUUAAAAAUGGGAAAAGGAAUUGCCGUCAAAUUUCGCAACAAAUUUGGUCGUGUUCAUGUGCUUCAGCAGCAAAACGCAAAACCUGGAGGCGUAGCUGUCUUGACCGACAACUCACGUUUCGUAUACAAUUUGGUAACAAAACAAAGCAGUUACGGCAAACCAACCUAUCAGACGUUGCACAGUUCUCUGAGUGCUAUGAGGGAGCAUAUGUUGAAACACAACGUUACGAAAUUAGCCAUGCCUAGAAUUGGCUGUGGCUUGGAUGGUCUAGUUUGGCCCAAGGUUAAAGAUUUGAUUGAAGAAAUCUUUUGCAAUGAUUUAAUAACCAUUGUCGUUUACAACUAUGUUCCUCCAACAUCGGGAUAGAUGAGUUUAUAAAUAAGAAAAUUGGUAAUUUAAAAAUUACAAUGUUAAUUUGUAUUGUUUUUUGUUUUAUUAUUCCUUAUAUACCUACUUACAAAGUAGGAAUAUGCAUUUUAUUUAAGAAAAAAAUGUAUUCUAAUAACUGUAUUACAAAGUAAAUUUGUGUUCAUACAUAUAUGA